GGGUAGGGCCGUCGUUUGAUUCUCCUUUAUAUAUAUGCACGAGCUUCGCUGGGUGUUUUUGUUACUCUCUACCCUUCACCCCUGCCGCUGCAUCAGCGUAACCUAGUAGCCUCCAAAUCCAAUGGCUUCCGAGAAGAAACUGUCAAACCAAAUGAGGGACAUCAAGGUCCAGAAGCUCGUCCUCAACAUCUCCGUUGGUGAGAGUGGAGAUCGUCUCACCAGAGCUGCCAAGGUGCUGGAGCAGCUUAGUGGCCAAACCCCAGUAUUUUCCAAGGCAAGGUACACUGUUCGUUCCUUUGGGAUUAGACGAAAUGAAAAGAUUGCAUGCUAUGUCACUGUUAGAGGUGAAAAGGCAAUGCAACUUUUGGAGAGUGGUUUAAAGGUGAAGGAAUAUGAACUUCUGAGAAGGAAUUUUAGUGAUACUGGGUGCUUCGGCUUUGGUAUUCAGGAGCAUAUUGAUCUGGGAAUCAAGUAUGAUCCUUCAACUGGUAUUUAUGGAAUGGAUUUCUUUGUUGUUCUGGAGCGCCCUGGUUAUCGUGUGGGACGUCGCCGUAGGUGCAAGUCCCGUGUUGGGAUUCAGCACCGUGUCACAAAGGAGGAUGCUAUGAAGUGGUUCCAGGUGAAAUAUGAGGGAGUGAUCCUUAACAAGUCCCAGGCAAUUGUUUAGUUAGACUGAGUUUUCUUUAGGAGUAUGUUACCAGUUUUGUCAAACUGUAGUUUUGAUCUUUGAGGGUUUGUGUUUUGAGUCAAUGUUUAUGGUCAUUUUAGUUUGUUUCGUGAUAAAGCACGUGGAUUAACAGUUGCCCUAUUAAAUGACUAUUAUGGCAAGAACUUUUGAACCUCCCGUAAUGCAAACCAACAGUGUAGAUUGUUUUUUUUUU